AUGCGGGAAAAUACAAUGAGUAGCUUUCAGAACUCUUUGAGCACCACUGCCAAUGGACUUCCUGGUGCCACAAGCCCAAACUCUACACUCCUGGGGGCUAACAGCGGCAGUGUCAUUUUGAACAAUGGUCCCUCCAGCUCACCAAUGAUUAUGGCCACUACCAGCAGUCCUAUAGCAUCAAGGCCACUGCAGUCUGUACAGUCUCAGCCUGAGCAAAUCAUUGUGCCAGUUGGAAAUGUUAUAAGCACAGGUAAAAUCUCUGACUCCCUGACAACUCGGCAGCCAUCAACACCAUCCCAAGCAUCUGCUUCAGGAGGCACUUCACAAACACCUGCAGGCUCAGAUUCAAAAGGUGUACUAGAUAAGACAAGGCUUAGGGACUUGGUGAAAGAAGUCGAUCCAUUAGAGCAGAUGGAUGAUGAUGUUGAAGAUGUUUUGCUACAAGUAGCAGAUGAUUUUAUUGAAAAUGUGGUGGCCUCAUCCUGUCAGCUUGCAAAACAUCGUCGUUCCAACACAUUGGAAGCUAAAGAUGUGCAGUUGUAUCUUGAACGCUGCUGGAACAUGCAGGUUCCUGGUUUUGGUGCAGAAGAGUUUCGCCCUUACAAGAAAUCUAUAACAACAGAAGCACACAAACAGAGGCUGGCUUUGAUACGAAAGACUUUGAAAAAGUACUAG